AUGGGUGAUCCAUUCUUUCAAUCAGAUUCAGAUCCCAACAAACGAAAAAGACCCAGAAGAACUCAAUCGAAACCCAACCCGAAAACCUCAACCAAACCGAACCCCAAACCCGGCUCAAAACCAAACCGAUCCACAUCAUUUAACGUAGAUCAAUCAAAGCAAAAACGGAAAAAGGUUAUAGAAGAUGACGUGAUCGAAUCAGAAUCAGAAGGAAACCCAUCAGAUGAUUUUGAACAAAAUCAUGAUGAUGGAAUAGAAGAAGAAGAAGAAGAAGAGUUUGAUGAAACACCGGCUCAGAAAAGGUUAAGAUUAGCUCAAGAUUAUUUGAAUGAUCUUAAACAAUCACAACUUCGUGAGGAUGGAACGUUUGAUGCUGCUGAAAUUGAUCAGGAAAUUAUUUCUUCUAGGUUACAACAAGAUAUUGCAGAAUCGAGUGGUAGGAUUCAUACUUUUUUAGGAGAAAGAUUAUCCAACAAAUUAAACCCGAUCACCGAUUCAUCAUCAUCAACAAGCACAAGCACAACAACAGGAUCAUAUGAAGUAUAUAAAACUGGAAGAAAUCAUCAUAGGUUACCUAUCACCUGUAUAAAAUUAAGUAAAGAUGGAAGCCGAUUAUUUGUAGCCGAUAAACAAGGACAAAUCAUUCAAUACGAUAGUAGUUCGAUUUGGAAUACAAAUUCAACCAGUUCAAAUCCAAUGAUCCAAAAAAGAUGUAUAAUGAAACCACAUCUUCCUAAAAAACAAAGCGAGAUUGAAAAGUUUAAGAAAAAACAAAGUUCUCAACAUCAUAAGACAUUAUCUAAGAUUGAAGUAGGAGAUCAAGAUGGACAUUUAGGUGAAGUUUUAACGAUUGAUGUUUCAGAUGAUGGGAAAUUCUUGGCUAGUGCUGGUAAAGAUAAGUUAUUAGGGGUUUGGGAUUUGACUGAUUUGAAAGAUAAUGAAGGAAAUAUGAAUGGAGCUUUUGGAGUUAGGAAAUGGAAAGCUGGGAUUCGAGGUCAUAAAGAUAUCAUUUCUUCUAUUUCAUUUAGAUCAGGUACAUCUACACUUUAUACAGCUUCAUACGAUCGAAUGAUCAAAGUCUAUAAUCUAGACAGUUUAACUUAUUCAGAAACGCUGUUUGGACACCAAGAUCAAAUCCAAUCGAUCUCAUCCUUGAAUCAAGAAACCUUGGUUUCAGCGGGUGGACGAGAUCGAACGUGUAGGUAUUGGAAGAUUCUAGAUGAAUCUCAAUUAGUCUUUCGUGGUGGAGGAAAUAGUAAAUUGAGAGAUUUGAUUGAUGGAGCUGGAUUAGAUCAAGAUGAGGAUGAAGAUGAAGUGGAUCUGGUUCAACAAAAGAAAAAGAAACUCGAAGAUCAGUCUAGGUGUUUUGUUGAAGGAUCUAUUGAUUGUGUUUGUAUGAUUGAUGAAACAAUGUUUUUAAGUGGAGGUGAUAGUGGUUCGAUCUCACUUUGGAGUACACAUAAAAAGAAAGCAAUCUUUACAGAAUCAUUAGCACAUGGAACCGAAGAAGAAAUUAUCAAUCAAUCUACCCAAGAAAAGAUUAUUAAAGCAAGAUGGAUCACUUCGAUUUCAAGUUUAUCAUUUAGUGAUUUGUUUUGUUCAGGUUCUUGGGAUGGAAAUUUAAAGAUUUGGAAACUAAUCAAAGGUAAAGGAAAACAUGAGAUUAGAAAGUUUGAAUUGAUUAAAUCUAUUCCGAUUGGAAUUGGAAUCAUUAAUAGUUUAGAUUUCGUUUUUAAGAAAUCAAAGGAUACCAAUGGGAAUGGGAAAGAAGAAGUUGGAAAGUUGGGCAUUGGGGUUGGGAUUGGACAAGAACAUAGGUUGGGUCGUUGGAAAAAGAUUAAGGAAGCUAAGAAUCAUUGUUGUUUGGUGUUGAUUGAAAUCUGA